CCCGCACGCGCGCUCGCGGAACCGACUGCCGCGACGGCAGUUCAGUAGCCAUCGGACAGCGAUCAUGCCAGCAAGCCGAUUCCCGACAUGCCGUCUCUGAACCGAUUGAUUUUGCUGGCGCUCGCGUCGGUAGCGUUAGUCGUUUCCGUAGUCGGAGCGACAUUGACACCCAGAGCACCGAACUUUCAAUACUUCGAAAGACCCAAGUAUAGAUAUCCGUACUAUGAUGAACAUGGCCGCGGCCGACUUUUGUACGGUUACGGCGGACCGGACUUGUACCAAUACAAGUCCUACUCGCCGUUGGAAGGCAUUCAUUGACAACUGCAUUGAAUUAACUUACCGCCGCGCCAUCACCGUCUCAGCAAUCACCACGGCUCCGUGAUGGCGGUGGUUUAGUUUCACUCGCCGUUCAGACGUGUCCCAGUAGUUUUCGGUGUUUUAACAUUAAGCGUGUAAUUUUUGUAAACACACAAAUUCAUAAUAUAAUUAGACAAAGAAUAGAAUUUUUUUAAAUUAAAUUUUAAAAAAU